UGUCAAUAUGUACGUGUUAUUUCUGUAAACGAACGAUGUAGUCAAGUGGAAAGACUAACCACACUCACAUACACGAGAAAGUAGUGUAUUGCAGUAGAUAAAUCAAAUAUCGUAAACACUUGACCAAUAUUCUCUUUUAUGUUUCUUUUUUUUCGCUACGAUGACAGAUUUUUUUUUGAAAUUGUGUAGGUUGAAGAUUAAGAACUAUUCAAUGGUCACCACAUUCCAAAUUCAGCUAAACGAAAGCAACAACGAACAAAAUAACAGAGAUAUGGCAUCUGGAAUUGUUGAUGUAUAUAAAAUACAUAUGUAACAUUUAUGUAGACAGAAAGAGAUGUUGAAGUUGAAAUAUAUUUAAACAAUGAAUGACUGAGUUCACCUCAGCCCACCGGCAUGAAUUCAACAAUUUUGACAUUUAAUGUUACCAACUUGACAGAUUCAAACAUUUUAUGAUUACAUUUUCCGAAUGUCAAAUCAUAAAAGAGACUAGCAAAUUCAUUUAUUGUUUCAAAGUUAAAGUGGAAAUUUCUUCAUUUUUACACAUUCAAUUGGCUUCAAAAACUGUGUUAACCUACGAAUAUCCAUGAAUUAAAAAUGUAUUGUUGCACGUGUUAAUAUACUUGCAGUAGAUCGUUCAAUUACUUCAAAAUACCUUCGGAAAAUCUCUUCCUUUGUUUACUUUGUUACGGAGUCUUUCAAUGCAAAAAAAAAUAUGCAUUCGAAUUAUUUUUUAUACACAAAUGAUGCUCCAAUUAAUGCCAAUGUGAGCAUUGUCAAUGCAAAACAUGAGAUAGCUUCAUCAGUUACACAUCAUAUUGCCACAAUACCGGCCAAUGCAAAUGUAAUUCGACCACAUCACUCGGCCACCAACUCUUCGUCACAUUCAAUGCAACAACCAAAUAUUCAUAUGUGUCAGAUUUGUUGUCAAAUAUUUCAAAAAUCCAGCAGUCUAAAGAAGCACAUGAGAAUUCAUCAAGUGAGUUCUCGCGACAGUGAUAAUAGUCCAUACAAGUGUAAUGCAUGCAAAAUCGAUUAUCUCAAUGCUGUUACGUUUGAGGAGCACAUAAAAUCGGAACAUGGUCAACCACAAGCCCUGAAAUGUGUAGAUUGUGGAUGUUUUCGAGCAGUUGAACUGACUGCAUUGCAACCAUUUCGGUGUGCGGGAUGUGCACAACGAAAAUCGGAGACUUAUGAUUCAAGUAUUACCUCAAGCCAAAAUGCAACCCAAUCACAACCAGUUCAUGUGAACCAAAUAAAAUCGACCAAAGUUGAUAUGGACGCACUCGUUCAAAAUAUGCGUUCGCCGAGCGAAUCAAAUGGACGACGACGUAAACUUCAUCAAUGCUCCGAAUGCGAUAAAUGCUAUAAACACCAAAGCACACUGGCAAUGCACAAAAAAAUUCACACCGGAGAAUUUAAAUACAAAUGUCAAUAUUGCCAGAAAGAAUUUUAUUUGGCCGAAUAUUAUAACAGACAUAUGAGAGUUCAUACAAAGGAAAAGCCCUAUCAAUGUGAGGUUUGUGACAAAAGUUUUUCGCAGUCAAACACCUUAAUUCAGCACAAAAGAAUUCACACCGGCGAGAAACCAUAUGUAUGUACAAUAUGUAGUAAAGCGUUCAGCGUAAGAGAUUAUCUACUAAAACACAUAAGAGUCCAUACCGGUGAAAAGCCUUUUGAAUGCGAAAUAUGUGGAAAAAAAUACUCACAACGCAGCGGAUUAAAAAGCCAUCAAAAGUCUCAUUAUCCUGAUCAACAUCUGCUCAAUGGAUCUCAGUCACAAUCUCAACAUUUGAACCUAAUUUGAAAAUACAAAAUUCGCCACACAAACAACAAAUAUGAUAUGACAAUGUAAAACGAUUACAAAUCGCUAUCAAGAAAUUGUAUACUUUAUGUAGAAUUUUACUUAAAUACUCACUUCGUAUAUAAGAUAUGAUUUAAAUAAAAUUUCACACCUCAUUUCAUCAA